AUGUGCUAUUCACAGCCGACACGUGGUUUCAGUUAUAUGGAUGAAGAUUCAAUUGAUCCUGAAGUCAAAUGUAGCAUUUGUACUGAUCCUUUUAUCGAUCCUGUGGUAAUAUCGUCUUGUAAGCACAUAUUCUGUCGAUCAGGCAUUGAAACCGUAUUAAACGAUAAACCAGCUUGUCCUUUGUGUCGUCACGAGCCGAUCACUCUAAAUGAACUUCAGUCGACGGAUCACACCAUACAAAACUAUCUCAAUCAACUUUUAGUUAAAUGUGACACAUGUGAUGAAAUAAACAUUCCACGAAAUCUUUUCGAAGAACACAUCAAGAAAAUCUGUCCAAAAGUACAAAUGACAUGCUCUGCUCUCGAUCUCAAAUGUGGAUGGACAGGUUUACGUGAUCAACUCGGUGAACACAUUGCACACUGUACUUUCGAAUUAAUGAGACCUAUUCUUGGUCAAUUACCUGUUAUGGCAGAGCAAAUGGAACGAAUUCAGAACGACAAUCAAGAGCUCCGAUUACAAGUGAAUGGACUCGUACAUCGAUGCAAACAACUUGAAAUGAAGAUAAAUGGAUCUUGCAUGAUUCCAUUGCGCACUGCUGAAAUUGAUAUUAAUGCUAAAUGGACAGCAAAUGGUUUAACUGUGGUAGGAGGUAAUGAGCGCGGAAAUCGACCCAAUCAACUUUUUCAUCCUCAAGGUUUAUAUUUGAGUGAUGAAGAAACACUGUAUGUCGCUGAUUUUUACAACCAUCGUAUCGUUGAAUGGAAAUUGGGCGAAAAAUAUGGAAAAGUUGUAGCUGGCGGAAAUGGACAAGGAAAUAGAAACGAUCAAUUGAAUUGUCCAACAGACGUCAUUGUUGAUAAAGAAAAUAAUCAUCUCAUCAUUUGUGAUCGGGAGAACCGACGAGUAGUUCGCUGGUCUCUUCAGGAUUCAACAAGCGGAGAAACAACGAUUUCAGAUAUUAGUUGCAACUGUUUGACGAUCGAUGAUAAUAAAUCUUUGUAUAUUACUGACAUUGACAAGCAUGAGGUUAGACGGUGGCGUUUGGGAGAAACUCAAGGGGUAGUGGUUGCUGGUGGAAAUGGUUCAGGUAAUCGUCUCGAUCAACUCAAUUAUCCUACCUUCGUCUUCGUUGAUCGCGAUCACUCAGUAUACGUGUCGGACUAUUACAAUCAUCGGGUGAUGAAAUGGACAGAGAAUGCUAAAGAAGGAAUAGUUGUGGCAGGUGGUCAAGAUGCAGGCAGCUCUCUUAGACAGUCACAUUUUCCUGGAGGAGUCAUUGUUGAUCAGUGGGGCACUGUUUAUGUGGCAGAUAGUGAAAGUCAUCGAGUGAUGCGUUGGCAAAAAGGUGCGAUGGAAGGAAAAAUUGUUGCUGGCGGGAAUGACAGAGGAGCACAACCGAAUCAAUUCAAUCGUCCAUCGGGAAUACUAUUCGAUAAACAUGGAAAUCUAUUUGUCUCAGAUCAUGGAAAUCAUCGAGUACAAAAAUUUGAAAUCGCCACCACAUACUCCUGA